GAGAAAGUAUCUCCUCUGAAACCACAAAAAAAAAGCACAACAGCAAACGACAUGAGUCCCAAAAUCACUACCGAGGCCAACCAGCCUCUCCCUGCGCGCUCCACCGUGGCCCAGAGAAAGCAAGCCAACGAACUCAGAAAGACUUUGAAACCCUUGCUGGAGAAGAGACGACGUGCUCGCAUCAAUGACAGCCUCAACCAUUUGAAGAGUCUGAUUCUGCCUCUGGUUGGAAAAGACAACACGCGCUACUCAAAGCUGGAGAAAGCUGACAUUCUGGAAAUGACCGUCCGCUUCCUCAGGGAUCUUCCUUCCUCCCCAGUCAAAGACUCCGCAGACAGUUACAGAGAAGGCUACAAAGCCUGCCUGCAGCGCGUCUCCGUCCUGCUUCCCAAAACCAGCCUGGACCACGCCGCGUGCCAGCGCGUGCACGACUUCGUCCAGCAGUCCAUGUCGGCCGGCGCCACGCCGACCUGCCAGAACUGCUGCGCGCACAGCUCCAGGACUCUGCCUCAGAUCCAGCAGAGGCUGCAGAGCCUCAAGUCCAGCUUCGGCUCCAGGCUGGAGAGCCAGCCCCGGAGCGUGGGCGCGGUGGCCCCCAGCCGCGCGCAGCAGGGCGCGCAGCCGGCCAGCGCGGCCAUGUGGAGACCCUGGCUCACAGUGGCCAAAAGAAAAGAGGCAAUUGAGCUCAGAAAGACAAUGAAACCACUGAUGGAAAAGAGAAGGCGCGCACGUAUCAACGACAGCCUGAACCACUUGAAAAACCUCAUCCUUCCCCUCACUGGGAGAGAUAAAACACGUUACUCGAAAUUGGAGAAAGCUGACAUCCUCGAAAUGACUGUGAGAUUUCUCAGUGACAUUCCACCUGUCAACACUAAAAACCCAGCAGACACCUACAGAGAAGGCUACAAAGCUUGUCUCCAGCGCGUCUCCGCUGUGCUUCCAAGAACGAGCCUGGACCAUGACGCACGCCAGCGGGUCAGCGACUUCGUCCAGAAGUCCACGACCGCCUCUGUCACGCCAACCUGCCUGAACUGCUUCGCCCAGAGCUCCCGGGCCCUCCCUCAGAUCCAGCAGAAACUCCUAACCCUGAAAUCAAGCUUCGGCACCAGACUGGAGGCUCGGCCUCGCAGCAGUGGGGCAGAGGUCCCGAGCCAAGGCUUGCUGCCCGCCAGGGCUGCCAUGUGGAGGCCUUGGUAG